CUGGACCUGGAAACCACGGGCUCACUUUCACUGACUGCCUGUCCUUCUCAACUGCCUCACCAUGUGUACGGGAAAGUGCGCCCGCUUCUUGGGGCUCACCCUCAUCCCCCUUUCCCUGGUCUGCAUCGUGGCCAACGCCCUCCUGCUGGUGCCUAACGGGGAGACUGCCUGGACCAACCACCUCAGCUUGCAAGUCUGGCUCAUGGCUGGCUUCGUCGGUGGGGGCCUGAUGGUACUGUGUCCAGGAAUCGCAGCCGUUCGGGCAGGGGGCAAGGGCUGCUGUGGGGCAGGCUGCUGUGGAAACCGCUGCAGGAUGCUGCGCUCGGUCUUCUGCUCGGCGUUCGGGGUGCUAGGUGCCAUCUACUGCCUUUCGGUAUCGGGAACUGGGCUCCGAAGUGGACCCUACUGCUUAGUGAACGGCACGUGGGACUACCACUUCGAAGAGACCUUAGGCUCCUACCUGCUCAACCGCACCCAGUGGGAUUUGUGCGAGAAGCCGCCUGGUGUGGUCUACUGGAAUGUGACGCUCUUCUCGCUGCUGGUGGCUGCCUCGUGCCUGGAGAUCGUGCUGUGUGGGGUGCAGCUGGUGAACGCGGCCAUUGGUGUCUUCUGUGGCGAUUGCAGGAAGGAGGACGCCCCUCACUGAGGCUCCACGGACUGCCCUGCUCGCUCCUGGACGCCCACCUGGCCCGCCCCAGCCCUGGAAUAAACUGUUUUGAGCUCUCUU